UGUAAUCUAUGUGUUUGUGUGUAUACCACAAACACCCUAUAUUGUAUACACAUAAUAUUACUGGUCCAGUUUUGUGAGCUUCAUAAAUUGUCCCCUCAACUUGUAUUAAUGUCCCUCAUUGAAAUAUUUAAUAAUAAAAUAUUUUUUUGCAGUUGCACAAUCUCAUAAAGAAGAAAACAGAACAAUCCUCCCUUUAGUUUCAGUUUAUUUGUUGGGAAAAAUAAUUGCAUAUUAAGAAGUUACUUUACUGAUGAGUGUCAGAGGGCCCAGUGGCACCGGUUCAUGGCACCCUCACUUCUGUCAGACUGCAGUAGGGCAGCUGUGGCUACUAUCCAGGUAGCCCCCAUCAGCAUGUGGGUGAAUGUGUGAAUGACUGUAGUGUGAAACACUUUGGAGUCCUCUGGACUUGAUAAAACACUGUACAAGUACAAAGCCAUUUUACUUAAAGUGGACAUGUCAUGCUUUAUUUUCACAUGUAAAUCAUUCAGUUAUGGUCUGCAAAGUAGAACUGCAAUGGUUUGGUCUGAAUUCCUCGUUCUAGCUCCACAGACCUGUUACCCCUGUUCUGAAGUGUGUUUUGGAGCAACUUUUGUUGCAUUUUAUUUUUCAUGCCCCGAGCCCUCCAGGUCUCAGAGCAUUCCUCUACACCCUGCUCAUACAUAUGCUGAUGAUUAUCUACUGGCAGAGAAACUAUUUAUUUUAAAGUUUAUUAAAAAUGUUAACAGAAGACUUGUCCAUCCAACUUUACAUGUUGGAACCAGAGUCUGACACAGAGCAGGAGAAUGAAGAACCACACAUUCAAAUAAAUGCAUCUCAAAGGUAUUACUGUAAUUACAGUCUCUCCAUCCAUUCUAACUACCUGUAUUGUAGAGCAUAGUUUAGCCAUACUGCCCAUGCAUACUGGAUAUCUUUUAAAAUAUUAAUGCUACUACAAAAUAAAUGAAGUAAACAAAGCUUCACAUAAUUAAGGAGUUCACUAACUCAAGCAUCAAGAACAUCACUGAACUGGAUCCUGUGCUCCCCGAGACAAAAUUGGUAAAAACAAAACCAAGUAAUUAUAUCCAGAACAUGCAGUACAGUAUCAAACCAAUGGCCAGGAUGUCAUUAUUAACACACAAAAUUAAUGUCUAAAAUAAUCUUUGUUGUCAUUUUAGCAUUAUUUGGAGCUUUGCUGUGUCCCUGCUUUUAGUAGAGUGGAGGAACUGACCCUCAAUCAGACUAAGUCAGAAAAUCACUGGUGAAACUGGCAGAGGUUGCUGAAGCACUCAUCCUUAAGUGCUCCAAAACUGACUUAAGCCAACACUUCAAACAGACCUGAUGCUGCGGGGCGAUUCUUGUGCAUUAAUACUGCAUAAAACCCAACAUUUUCACUUGACUACUUGUAACUUCAGGAUAACUGAACUUGGACUACAAAAUUGCUGUGAAGAAAAAAAGUGUCAAAUUCACAAAACUGAUUCAUCUUGACCUUGUUUAGCAGUUCGACAGCAAAUGCAAUGACAUCAUUGACAAGAAAAACAUUGUAGCAAAUAGAGAAAAUCUAACAGACCUAAAAAUGUACCCCAAAGAGAAUAUAGAUAUCUGUACAGCACUGGGAGAGAAUAAAUGUAUAUUUUUUACACUCAUAGAAAUUCAAAGAAUGUCUAUGAUGCAUUUCAGGGCUGAAGAAGGAGAUCUCAUAUGUUAACUGUUAAAAAGAAAAUUCCCUAGAAUACAUAAAUGGAACUGGUGGCGCAGGGGUCAACACGCCCCAUGUUUGGAGGCCUUAGUCCUCGACGUGGGCGUCGCGGGUUCGACUCCUGGUCCCGGCAACCUUUGCCCCAUGUCUCCCUCCCUCACCCUUCGACCUCCUUCCUGUAUGCCUACUGUCAAAAAUACGAGCCACUGGCGCUGCAAAAACUCUUCAGAGAAAAAAAAUAAAUGUAACUUCACUUUCCUCUGAAUUUGUGUAAGUAUAGCAAUGUCUCCAGAAACUUUUUAAGUAGUGACUCAUAACUGCAAACUUCCAAGAGGUAUGACUAUGAUUUGCAACACCAUUUCUACCAGCCAGCCUUGUGUGAUGGAUGCAGCACCUAGUUGCUACCUGGACUCUUGUCACUAAACUUCUUUCUCACUAAAACAUUGUCAAUCUUUCUUUCAGGUUGGAAGAAGGUUUUCCAUUUUUAGGUGCUGGACUUAACAUUUUGAACAGGUUUGAGAAGAGUUGGUUUCUGCUCCAUAAGAGAACCAAAGCCUGUACCCAGGCAGCAGAGGAGCUGAUUGCCAUGAGCCCCAGAGUGUUUAACACCUGUAAUUGGACAGGGAUGGAUUGGUUCCGGUGGCUAUGACCCAGUUUAACACACAGAUCCAAGAGCAACACCAUAGCGAGUCUCAAUCGGCCAGUCAUCAUGGGCCAGAAGACUUUGGUGAUCUCUGAAAACUGAUUCCCCCCCAAUUCUCUCAUUUUCAACAUCUUUCAUCAAUGCCAAUGCAUCCAUCACGCAGCAUUAGAACUGUACAGGAAUUAUGUUGAAUGUUUCAUAUCCUGACAUAAUUUAUCUGUUAGUCGGUGCUAUGGUGGUCAGGAUGUGCUGUGGUGGUGCAGGGGUUAAGCACUACCCACAUAUGGAGACAUUAGUCCUCAAUGCGACCGUCUGGAUGUCACAGUCUGUGGAUGGUGACAUAGUGAUGCUGUCAGCACACUGGGAGAGGAGAAAAGCUGCUCUGACACACCUACAGGAACAACUGCAAACCCUACCAGAUUUCAUCACCGAACUUGAUGCCAUUACUGCCAACAUAGCUCAACUAGAAGGUGAAUUUGCAGAGAUGGAGAGCAGACUGCUGCAUCUGGAAACUCUGUGUUGUCAGUGUGAGCAACAGACUGUAAAGAAUCAUCAUAAGAAUCAACUUGAAGAAUAUAAAAAGAAGAAAAGGAAGGAAGCAGAUUUCCUGGAAGCUGAAUUGAAGUGUGAGCAUGCUCAGAGAGUGGCAGAAAUGGAGCUGGUUAUGCAGCAGAAGCUGCGAGAGCGACAGAAGGUCUACGAGGAAGCCUUCAACCAAGACGUGGAGAAUUAUCUGUCCACUGGAUGCCUACAGGGCAAAGAGUCUGCAGGGGUCGAUGUGGCUGUUCUGGAUCAGAUGACAUUGAUUAACUUAGCAGACCUGGAGGCCCUGGAUGAUUUUCUUAAUUCCACUGGUGAAGAUUCCAGUUGUGAAUCCUCUCUGACAUCAGGUCCAGACCUCAAUUCUUCCUCUCUGGAGUCCUUGAAUCAAGCUCCUCACGUAAACAGCAGUCAGUCAGACCAGGCUGCAGGGGGGCAGCAGGAGGAGCCACUGGUUCAGUCAGAUGAGGAGGAUGUCCAAGCAGACAUGUCCCUGGCUGCUGUGCAGGAUGUUGGCACUGAGUGGGACUCUGAUGAGAGCGAUGGAGCAGAUCCACUAAUGGAAAAACCUCAGAAUUAAAGAGUUGCAGCUCAGUAAUCAGUAAAAUAAUUUUGUUCCCGUAAACCCAGGCAUUCAACUCCAGUCUUCAACAGCUACAGUCCCUCAUGUUUCUGUGUCCCUGCUCUAACGCAGCUGAUUCAGAUAACUGGGUUAGCUCCUUUGGGAAGGACUGAUUAAAAUGUUAAAGGAAUAUUAAAACCUGUAUAAUAAUCUACUAAUUUGAGAACAGAGAGACUUGAAAGAUUUUACAGCUGUUAAAGAAAUGCUAUGGAGUGAAUUCCAGACAGUUAAAAUUGAUUGACUUUGGACUCCUGCAGGCCAGGAGACUAAUAUCUCUAUACUGGAGAAAAAUGGACGUACCUUCAAAUCACAUGUGGGUGAAGGAGAUGACAUCGUGUGGCUCUGGAGCGACUCACUUGCAUUGUCAGAGGAAAAGGAGCGAAAUUUGAAGAAACAUGGUCACUAUUGAUCGAGUUUCUGAAACACUACAAAGGACAUUAAGAGAACUAUGCAGAGAUUGCUGAGUUUUUGUUUUUUUUUUAAUCAUUAUCAGUGUUUGUUUGCUUUGAGGACUAAAUUACUUAAUAAGAAUCUAUUGAGUGUAUCACCAUUACUUGUUUUUUUUGGUCUUAUUCUGUUAUAAAAAUUCAAUAAAUUUGGAUCAUUUAAAAAAAAAAGCUAUGGUGUGGACCU